AUGGAACUUAAGUCAAACUUUGGUACUUCUAAAAGUUCCUUGGAGGCAGAUCGAUCUGUACUUGAGAAAUUGCAAGUGGAGAUGAAAGGAGUCUUUUUUCGGGUUAUCCAACUAAUGUUGAAAGAUGAGGAGUAGUCGAUUCCCUUCACAUGCAUUGGUAUCGCGAUACAGUAUAUGCAAAUUACUUAUAUCCUCUUUAAUCGGCAGAUUUGGAAGGUGUGGCAAAAUGAGAUCAUAACAAAACAACUGAACAAAAUCUUUGGGUACAAAAUGAUCAUUUAAUUUUAUAGGUAUGUCCUAUUGACCCCAUACUUUGAAAUGGUUAGUUUUUAGGGAUUCGUGGCUAUGAUGUAUGUGUGUCUGGGAUUGCUUCUGUUUGCUUUGAUGCUGAUGUUUUUGCUGAGCUACAGUGUCAGUAAAUCUAAAUCUUCAUUUACUUGGCCAAUCAUGUUGCUCAGAUUCUUAAUGUCCCUAUUUUUAUAGGUGCUAUAUAUGCCCAUCGUCGAUUUGCUUUUUUCAAUGUUGUCGUGUGCCGAUAAUGCAGCAGGCGUACUCCAGCACCAACUCUUUGAUGUUGAAUGUUGGGUAAAUAUACAUAUUGUCCAUUCCGUCGUAGCCAUUUUCGGAGUUAUUUUAUUCUAUAUUCUUUGCUUACUCUUCUCAUUACUUUACUUCGAACCCAGAUACCAACCUCCUGAAGCUUCCUCUAAAAAGAGCGGAAGAGCAAAUGCUGUUUUGCUUACUUACCAAUUAGUUAUGGUUAUUUGCUAUACUUUCAUGACUGGCAAGAAUUACGAUUACUUGAUGAUUCUGAUUAUGCUCAUAGGCAGCUUUAUAGUCUUCUGGAAAAUACACAUCGAGCAACCAUUUAACAACCUGUACAUCCAGAAGGCAUGGUCUAUGCUAGUUGCAUUAAAUCUAUGGGGAGUGAUUCUCAUUUGCUUUGCCAAAUUUCUUGAAGGAGUCUUAUUCAUCGGUACAGUCUAUGCUUGGAUUGCUGGAGUACCUCUCAUGAUAGCUGCCAUCAUCAAAAGUGAAAAAUUGCAUUACGAUUUACUUCUAUUAAAUCUAAACAAAGUCCAAGACCCUGAUCAAAUUGUGCAACUGACCAAUCAUCUCCUCAAACUCCUUUACAAAAGUUCAUUGAAUUCCAACAGCUCUUUGUUGAUUGACGGCUUCUUGGAAAUUCAUAAAGCAACAUGCACAAGAGAGGAUUGCUAUCUUAAACAGAAAAAAAUGAUUAACCAAAGAUAGUAGAAACCACUCUUUAAAGAAGGCACUAUUAUUGAAAGAGACCUGGAUCUCCUCAUGGUCAUGGCCUAGAUCUACUUUAACUAAAUUAAGAAGUUUCCCAAUGAAAUCAACCUCAGAAUACGUUAUGCCUUUUUCUUAUUGGACAAUAUGAAAUAAAGACAAUAAGCCAUCAAUGAGCUCAUCUAAGCUGAAACACUGAGUCCAAGUCUUGAUAAUGAUUUCAUUAUUUUUAGAUACAAGAAAAUCAUUGAGGAAGAAAUGAAUACAGCACAAAAUGAAACCUUUGGAAACCUAGAUGUUGCAACAGAAAUAGCAUUUUAGAAUAAUAUGAGAUAAUUUUAAAAUAAAAUAGAGAGAGCAACAUUGAUGCAUAUGGACUUCUGGUCUUAACUAUAAGAGGAGUCCCCUGAUUUGGGCAAAAUGAAUGAAAUUGGAUCCAAAAUCAAUCAAGCUAUUCUUUAAGUUGAAGAAUUAUGGAAUAGAAUGUAGAAAAUGACUCAAAAUCUACCCAAAGCUAUGAGAUUAUAUGCUAAAUUCAUCAUUGAAGUACUUUAAGAUAAAGAUUUUGGAGAAUAAUUAUUAGAAAAAUCUAAGUCACUUUAAACAUAAAACAAUAAAAUGAAAAAUAAAUAAACCAUUUCCAUCUUCACUAGCGAAGAGAUUGGAUAUGAAUCUCAACCAAUUUUAUUGGUAUCAGCAUCUUAAGAGAAAUUUGCUUAAAUAACCAAUUUAAAUUUGGGUGCUUGUAAUCUAUUUGGGUACAAUAAAUCUGAAAUGAUCAAUAGGAAGAUCAAUAUUUUUAUGCCUAAUUUAUAUUCUAAAUUUCAUGAUGCUUACGUUGAGAAUUUCCUGCAAUCUAACGAUAAUAAGAACAUUUAUAAAGACAGAUUAAUUUAUAUUAAAAUGAAAUCUAAUUAUAUUAUGCCCUGCUAUAUUUAUUUGAAAAUCAUUUAAUCAUUAGAUGAGAAUGUGUCCUUAGCUGCCUAGUUUAGAGUGCUCAAAAGCUUUAAACCAACUUGCUAUCUUAUAUUAGACAAUGAAGAAAUAAUAGAUUCAAUUUCAUCAACUUGUAUCCCCUUAUUAAAUCUCGACUCUAAGUAGAUAUCUCAUAAGAAAACCUCUAUCUCCGAAUUAUUUCCAAAUUACCAAUAACAAAAAUAGUUAUUCCUAUCCAAAAUAGGCGGUCAAAUAUUGUUCAAUUUGAACACUUCAUCUGCUGUCAGUGCAUCUUAGGAGUUUGAAGAAGCAGAGAAAAAGGGUGAGACAAUCUAAUUUUAAUGUUUUACCUCUGAAAUAUUCAAUGAACAUGGAGAUCAGGUGGUAGGCUAUAUUGUGAAAUUGGAAUAAUAGAUCUAGGAGAUGAGUAUGAAUUUAGAAAUUAAUAUACCCCAUUAAAAAGUACUGACAAAUACUAUGCAAUUUAAAUUCAACCCAUCGAAGUUCUUAUAUUAAGGGGAAUACGUAAGCGAUACCAAUUCUCAAAGGGUGGAUUAAACUAUUCUAUGGGAAUAAAAUGAUCAGUCUUCAAUGAUUUCAUCAGUAUAGCCAGGCGCUGACUUAAUCAAAUCUCAAAUUAAGUCAGAAAAGUCAGAAGAUGGUAAUGUCUUAAUAGUAUCGAAAAUAAAUUAUGCAGAAGGCAUAAAAAUAGUGAGACUCUUUGAAAAUAGAGUUUAAGAGAUCGAUGAUAGAGAUGAUUAAAUAUCUGAAGAAGAAGAUUAACAAGGAAGAAGUGUAUUUUAGAGAUAGCAAGAUGUGGACAAUGAUUAGGAAGGAUAAAUGUAGGAUUUUAAUAACAUAUUUAAAUCAAGAAAAAAUCUUUCUACGGUUGUCGAUAAUUAAAUCACACCUUAAGUAAUAAAAAAAUUAACUUGGACAGCAAAUUUUAUUAUAUUACUUUUAGUAGCACUUAGUUUUUCAGAUUUUUUUGUAUGUUAGGCUCAAUAUAAUGAAAUUUAUUCAACUUUGGAGUUGGUUGAAUACACUAAUUUAAGAACAGCUGAAUUACAUUCAAUAUUAACUUCAGUGCAGAAUCUAUAAAUGUUAAAUUUAAAUAUUUUUUAAAUCAACACAACAGAAGCAAGAACAGCAUUUGAAACAGUUCAAAAGACAAAGCUUAAUAAUUCGAUCUAAUUAGUUUCUUAAUUGAAUAAAAACUUAAUGUUAUCAAAUAUAUACAUAAGUGAUCAAUUAAAAGAAUUGCAGAGUGAGAAUGUCGUUAAGAUGAAAUUUGGAGAACAAUAUCAAAAUUACGAUUUAAUGGAAGCUACUUAAUAAAUAGUUAGUAAGGCAUUAAACAUAAGGGAUAAAUCGCUAUCUUAGAUUGUAUAUGAAGAUGCUGAUGUUCAGUUUAUUAUUUACAAUUUGCUCAAUGAUUUAGUGUUUUAAAUGAGAAAUUCAAGCAAUCUAUAUGCAGAAGGAAUGAUAGUUAAAACUAAAGAAAAAAAGGAGACAUUUCAAAUAAUUUUAGGAAUAUCAGCAGGAGCCUUAGGUCUAGGAUUGUUGAUGUUGACGAUCAUAACACUCUCAGUCAAUAAAAUAUAAGAAGAAAUUCUUUCAAUGUUCUUGGAUAUUCCAGAUAAAACGGUUAAGUAUUUAUACAACAAAAGUGAAAAUUUUAUAUCUAACCUCUAAUUAGGUGAGGACGAUGAUGUCUUAUCAGAAUUAGAAGAAUUAGAGAAGGAAGAGUAGGAGGAAUUAAACAAAACUCUAAAAAGCAAGAGAAAGAAGAAAAAAUUCAAAAAUACAAACAAAGAUUAAAGAAACUACAUUUUUGCAUUCGCUUUUGUAAUUCUUAUUCUAUAGGCUUACUUUAUUUUUAAUUUUUUCAUGAGUGAUACAUUGCUUAGCAAUUUAGCUUAAUUAGUUCCAGAAAUUAAUGCUACAAGUAGAGCUGAAGGUUUUUAUAGAUUUUCAGAUAAUGCUUAAAGUUCUUUAUAUAUUAAUAGAAAUAUCACAAUCGAAAAUGAAGACUCUUACACAAAAGUAAAAUAGAACAUAGAUAAACUUUAUGCUCUUGAUUCCUCUAUUCAUCAAGAGCAUUCCCUUAAUACUGAUAUUACAAAUUCAAUAUAUUAAACAGCCUUCAAAGAGGUAUUUAUGCUUUAACCAUGUACAAUCCUUGCCUCCUAUUUGGAGGAAAUUAAAGAGACAGAUUGUUAAGUUUUAGCUGAUGGUGCUAUUUAUUAGGGUAUGGCUGUAGGAUUGGCAAGAUACUUUGAGAAUUUGAGAUAUACUAUGACGAUAUAUGAUUAAUUUUGGAACAACUCGAAAGCCAAUUUUACUACUAUAGCAAGAGGGUUUACUACUUUUAAGAACAUUACAAAAAACUCUGAUAAUAUUAGCAAUUAUAUUCUCAAUUUAGUUAAUUUCAAUUAGUCUAAGGAAGCCAGAGUAAUUCAGGAGGUCUAUAAUAAAGGCACAUUUAGAUAUUUGAUGGAAAAACUGUAAGUUGGAAUAUCAAUAGAUAUUGAUGACGCUAAAACAUAGAGAUUGGCAUUGUUCAUAGUGUUUGAAGUGUUGCUAUUUGUGAUUUAUUUUAUUUUGUGGUUGCCUCUAGUCAUAAAGAUGACGAGAGAUGUUUGGAGAACGAGAUCGAUGAUAAUGAUGAUUCCUCUGAGAGUUAUUCAAAAAAUAAGAUCCAUAAAACAAUUUAUAAAGGAUUUCUUGCACACAAAGGAAUUAGAAACUUGA